AAGCCUGUGUUGGGAUUUUGUGAGUUUCCAGACCUUGCCGGAAGACCAUAUUUGGCCGCAGCUGGCAAAGCUUUGCUUCCUCCAUGUAAUCAUUGAACGGAUUAGGUUUUAAGUCCUUUCUUUUAUUCAUGGUCAAGUAAUAUAGUUAUACACAUUACUCACUAUCAUUCAUUGUAGAAUACAUCAUUUUAAAACCCAAAGAACAGUUAAGUGCAAGAAUCCCUAAUAUCUAAAUCGCAAAGCAUCUGUCGACCAACAUCCAUUCUGAAAUGAAGUCAAGCCAAACGUUGUGUCAUAUUGCACAUAUUGUCUGUUCUCAGUAUUGUUUCUGAAUUUUAAACGCACCCACGCCCACAUACUACCUCGGAAAAGCAAUCCAAGAAAAUUCAGAAGUAUUCUAGAAAGAAGAAAACAACAUUUGACAGCAAUUAUUAUCAAAAUUAUAUUCUUUGACUCACACUGAUACUGUUGUCACAGACACUGUUCAUAGACAGAGAGAGGAGACACGAGAAGGAGGAGAAUGCCUGAUUGAUCCAAGAGAGAAAGUGUUGUUACCUCAGGAAAUGUCGUGAAUAAAAACACCUGAAUGAGAAAAGUAGAUUUGAGCUAAAUGCUAACAUCAAUAUGACAAUAACACCAUGAUGAACAUGCGCGAUAUAAUUUUUGUUAGGUCUAGAGACUCGAUUGUUGGAGCAGAUAGUGACAUCAAGAGAUCUACAAAUAAUAUUUCCACAAUCUAUAGAAAAAUAUAUGUGGGCGCCAUCAAGACCCUGACAAAAUGUAUCAUGUCAGCCAGGUAGAAAUAUGUAUUUUAAUGACAAUGUUCUGUGGCACAGUAUGUCAUUUUUCAGCGUCAAAGAUUUCGCAAUGAGUGCUGCCAGGUCGUCCAGGUAUGAAAGAAAAGACAACCUGUCCACGAGAAGCCGAUGCGUCAUUGCUUCCUGGACGAUGCAUUUUCCAUUGAUAGAGCUGGAAGCGCUAUGACAUACAAAUGCACACUUAACUGGUAGCAUUUCAACACACGCUCCUUUUCAUUGCUAAUCAUUGACACAAUUCAAAUGGGGAUAUUUUUGUUGGAAGAAUCUCCGCUUCACCCAUUAACUCGAGAGGACAUCCUCUCCAGUGAAGCAAUCCAACAGGGAGGGAGCUGAAAGCUUUAAAAGAGAUCAAGAAACUGGUUAUACUACAACAGGCAUCGACAGAGGCAGCUGUCACACAUUGACACAGUGUUGCCAAGAUGUUUGUGGAUGAGCGGAUCGUUACUCUGUUCAAAAGGAAUGCCCAUCACACACUGACCUACUGGAGUGUUUUCUUCAGCUUUGGACUCUGCAUCGCCUUUCUUGGACCUACAAUUUUGGACUUGCAGUGUCAAACAAACUCAACACUUAGUCAGAUCACCUGGGUGUUCUUUUCCCAGCAGUUCUGCUUGUUGAUUGGCAGCUCUGUCGGUGGUGUUUUCAAGAGGACGUUGUUCAGUGCUCUUGCUGCUUUGUUUGUGUCUGCUCUCCUCAUCUCUGUAAUAUUUGCCAUCAUACCUCUGUGCAAUAAUGUCCUCCUGCUCGCCGUCGCCAUGGCUGUGUCUGGAUUGGCGAUGGGCAUUAUCGACACCAUCGCUAACAUCCAACUGGUGACCAUCUAUCAGAAGGACUCUGCUGUUUUCUUACAGGCUCUUCAUUUCUUCAUUGGGUUUGGAGCCCUGGUGAGCCCACUGAUUGCAGAUCCUUUCCUCUCAGAGACGGGCUGUGGGAAUCACACGGGGAAUGGCACUGAGAUCAUACAUCAUUUCAGGAACAUGCUGAGAAACAGUCCCAUUGCUGAGCACAACAUAACUCAGAGCCACCUGCCCCAUGAGGGAGUGGAGGAGGAUUCCAAUGUGCACUACGCCUUCUGGAUCAUGGCGCUCAUCAACCUGCCGGUGCCCGUUGCAGUCCUGUUCCUGAUGUAUCGGGAGCAGCUCAUCCCGUGUUGCCCCAGCAGCACUCCUCGUCUCCUGGACAAAGAUGAACUAGCAAUGGAGACCCAGCAGGGGGCAGAGGGCCCGGACGUGGAGCAGAAGGAACACGAAGCUGGGGGUCACGGGGAUAUCUUUAGCUGCUGUCGGAAUGAUAACCUGCGCGGGCUGCCAGUAUCCUUCUUCAUGAUUCAUAUUCUUGGCGGGAUGGUGCUCUUUAUGACCGAUGGUAUUGUGGGUGCAUAUGCCGGGUUUGUCUACACCUACGGUGUGGCUCCACCGAUGUCGCUGCCUCAUAAGACAGCAGGUUACCUUGCCAGUAUCUUUUGGGCAGCGAUCACUGCUGGACGCCUGGUGUCCAUACCUCUCUCGUACCGGUUCCAGCCUGUGAGACUGCUGAUGUUCAACAUAGCCGGCGCUAUUGUUACUGUGUUGAUGCUGCUUAUUUUCUACACCAGCAGCACCUUCCUCUUUGUCGGGACCUGCUUAUGUGGGCUUUUCCUCAGCAGCAUAUUCCCCUGUAUGCUUGCCUAUACUGAAGACAUCCUCGAUUACCAGGGAUGUGCAACAUCGGUCCUGGUGACGAGUGCGGGGAUGGGAGAGAUGGUAAUGCAGGUUGUGGUUGGCUCAAUUAUACAGACUGAAGGCAGCUACAGCUUCCUGCUGUGUGGAAUGAUAAUCGCCUGCAUCGGUUUUAUCCUUUUUAUUGGUCUCCUGCUGUUCCAUCGAAUGCACAGAAAUUACCUUACAGGAACAACGAAAAAGUCAGCCAUGGUGGAGGAGCCGGCUCCAGAGCAGAACGGAUCGCCCAAAACAGAGCAGAAAGAGGAGAACGAGAUCAGCUGAGAGGGACAGCAGUUUUUCUUUUGUCUUUUACUGGCUACUGUAGGAGAUGAUGUUUUACAACUAUCUAUCAUUAAAGGCUUCAAAAUGGUUUACUAAAGCCUUGAGAAAUGAACGUUGUGCGGAUGUAUUUUUACUGUGUUGGAAAUGACAUGGUAUUUCUGAGGUUGUAGUUUAAACUCUUUUUGUCCUGUAAAUCACGGAAAGUGUUCAUCAAAUUGUGGAUCAGUCUUCUGUUUAAUAUUGUACCAGCGUUUGAAAUUCACAAUACAAGGAUCAUCAUCAUGAUUUUAACAGAAUACUUGAGGGAUAAGUUGAUCAAAAAGUAAAAAAUCUGUCAUUCUGUGCUCACCCUCAUACCGAUUAGAAGUUGGGUGACGUUUUGAAGUCCACAAAUAUUUUCCCCUAAUAGCUGAAGCGGCUUUGGACUGUGGAAAAACUCCAUAAAUAUAAAUAUUCACUGUAGCUGCUAGGCCAAAAGCAGUAGUAUAUGAAGUGGGUGCACAAGCUGGAUCACAUUUUAAGCAUGUCAAUUAAGUUUUUCAAAUCAAUUUGGGAUCUCUGGGCUUCCAUAGACAUGAAUAGUAUAGAGAGAGCUGCUUUUUUGUGCGUUUUAAAAUGCCUCCAUCUACUUCAGUUGUUUAAGUAAAUGCUGCAACAUGUUUUAUUUUUGAGUGGACUUAUCCUUUAACAAAUAUCCUUGUUUUGUUUUGUUUUCCCUUUCUCUUCUUUUUAAUUUCUGUCUUUUAUUUUAAUAAGAUUAAGCGUACGUGUUUUUGCAUAUGUUUUCGCAUUUGCACAUGGAAAUAAACAUACUGUAUAACAUGUCCAUUAAAACAGUGGCACUGGUUAUAAUGAA